AUGGCACGAUACCAAUACCAGCAUCUUCAGGAUGGUCGUAGUUUUAGACUGCUGAGUCUAUUGCCUGGCAACGAUCCAGCUGAUCCUAUUCGAUGUCAACUUCAGGUUCAUUCUCUGACGGAAGACGGUCAGAUUCCGCAAUACACUGCGCUAUCCUACGUCUGGGGCGACCCAAGUCUUGAUAUUCACGUCGAAUGUAAUGGUGGUAUAUUGCCUGUUAAUAGGGGUUGCUUCCAAGCCCUGCGUUCUCUUCGAGACUCGUUGCGCGACCUUCGUCAAGGUCCAGCCUUCACACCAUAUUUCUGGGUUGAUGCAAUCUGCAUUAAUCAAUCAGACAAGCGCGAAAAGAGUGCCCAGGUCAGGUUAAUGGGCGAUAUUUAUCGGUUUGCCGAGACAGUUUUAUGCUUCAUCGGGGACUCUUACUCUCAGGAAGAUCUGUAUGUGUCUAAUCAUUUGGGAUCGAAGACUGGAUUACGGCGGCGUUUACUUCGCCAGGAUCCUCGCGCUUCAGGCGGCUGGAAGGCUGAUAGGGAUAUCUUAGGGGUUAAUAACUUACGAGAGUCUGCGGUACGCAAACUCUUCGAAUCGCAGUACUGGACGAGAUUGUGGACGUUCCAGGAAGCGCUACUUUCUCACCGGAAAAUCGUAUUCUCGGGUACGGAUAUAAUAGAAUGGGAAUCUGUUGGCAUUUUACUUCAACAAGCUGCUGUGGUGAAGCGCGAAGGAGUUAAUCACUUGCUACCGAAAGCAAUUCAUUUUUACUCUCUCACGACAACUAGUUCUAUGCUCCGCCUGCUUCUUGACAGAAACAGCGCCAAUUUUACCGGAAAUAUCAACAAGACUUAUACGCAAAGCCUGUCGUUGGAAAUAUCCCGGAUAUUGUCUUUCUCUUCUGAGCUCAGGACCUCUGACCCCCGAGACAAGAUCUACGCUUUGACGGGAGUUAUGGCGGCAUUGGAGGUCGACCUGGAGAUUGAUUACUAUAGGCCCAUGGCAUUGAUAUAUAAGGACAGUAUCGGCGCUUUUUCUAUGAAGACGUGGUCGUUCGAAAAAUGGGUAAUCGAAUCUGAGGAUGUCCCAUUCAGUUUUUUAGAUCUGAAGAUUAGCAACACUUUUCAUCAGCUACACUCACUACCGGUCAGAAGCAAGGAGAGUACAUUUAUGAGCCACCUUACCAAGCCAAGACCCAGACAGGUCCCGCGGUACUUACGUUGCGGUGAAGGCAUAACAGGAGCACCUAUAAAUGAAGCAUUACCAAAUACGGUUCAAAGCAGAGUAGUUCACUCAGUCAAGGAAGAAGUGAGUUUCUCUGAGAAUGACGAUGAAGCCAAUUCAACAAUUUCACUUUCAUCACCCGAGCUAGUUGAAUUGAGUUAUCUUUCACUUGCUCAUUCACUCGCCCGUUCAUUCUCUAUACGCAAGAGGAAUUGGCUCAUCUCAAGAGUUACUAUCCAGUUGAGGCCCAUGCUGAGCCAAUGCACAGGGGACGGUGGAAAUGGUAGAUGUCAACAAGUUGCAUCUCGCUCAAACGAACAUGCUAGUAAUCAGGAUAUUUCCCUUGCAGGUCUGCGUCACAAGAAUCAGAGAAGACAGAGGGAUCGGGAUGAGCAUAGUGACGAUGAAGGAAAUCAGCAACACCCAAGGAAGAAGAGCAAAGGAAAUGAUCUAGAUGAUAUUAAGAAACUUUUGGCAUGCCCAUUUCACCAAAGAGAUCCUCAUAGGAUUUCAAUCAAUCGCUCAUGCAAUGGUCCGGGUUGGGCUUCAAUUGCUAGACUGAAGGAGCAUCUGUACAGAGUUCAUUUUGUACAUCGUUGUCGGAGAUGCAAGUCAAGAUUCGACACAGCCGCUGGACUGGAUAGUCAUUAUGAAGAUUUAACCCCAUGUGCGGUAUCAUCAGCUCCUCCUGAUCCAAUGGAAGGCUUCAACGAGCAUCAACGGGAAAAUCUUAAGUGUAGACGUGUACAGGAUUGGAAGAAGAUUUACCAGAUUUUAUUCCCAGACGAUGAUGAAAGGUCCAUACCGUCACAGUACUACGCAAGUGUUGUCACUAUCACUGAUAUACUUGAUCAAUUUGAUCGCGCCUACCAGCAAGAAGUCGAACGACAACUCCCAGGACGUGUAAGAUCCGUUCUGGAGGGUCUGUCGUCUAGACCGAUUUCGUCCAUUCAAGAUGAGAUCUUACUCAUGGUCAACGAUAUAAAUAGCACAGUAAUAAACUCAUUCAGGCAGCGUAUGGUAGGCGUCAUGCUAGAUAACUCCAACCCAGCUUCUCAAGAGCAGUCAGAGGUAACGACGUUAAGAGUCGAGCCUAGUUUGGAUAAUCCAGCAAGUUUCUUCCUUGAGUACUUGAAUCAUAUCGACUACGAAUACAACAUGCCCCACCACCUCGAUAAUGAGCCAGGGUUCGAUAUUAACAGUCUUCAGAACUCCACAUCUUAUGAGUAUACUGAUGAACAAGACUACGGGCUUAACUUACUACAGACUGGGGAUUUCCAUGGGGCCUACGACGAGAGGUCAAACACUCCCACUAUCAUACAAAAUGGAGAUACGGAUAAUCCAAGAGGAUUACGCCGACCGCCAAAUCAGACCGGUAACUACGAUAGCGAUUCGGCUGAUGAAUGGACGGUGGUUGAAACCCCUCCUAAGGGAAGUCCAUAA